AUGAAACCAGAAGUUAUACAAAACAAUAAUAAAGGAGUUGCUCCAGUAAAAAAAGAAUUUAUCGUUGAUUUUAAUGAUACAAAUUUACCAGAUUAUGUUAAAAAAAGACUUGAGGAAGAAAAAGAAGACAGAAAUACUGUUAUUGAAAAAGAAGAUGAAAAUGGUGAACCAGUCAAAAAAAAAGCUAGAGGGAUGAACAAAGGAAGAAGAAAAGAAAUGGAUAAAGCACGUAUUGAAAUAAGUACAAAUCAAGCACGACUAUGCCCUUCUACAAUAUUUGCACUUCGUAAUAAAACCUAUGGAACAGAAGAGUCAACAGAUAAAAAAUGUAGAUUCGGUGACAAAUGUAAAUAUUAUCAUUCAUUAGAAGAGUAUUCAAAAGUAAGGCAACCUGAUAUCGGUGAAAAAUGUUACAAUUUUGAAAUUCGUGGAGUAUGCCCAUAUAAUAUAGCUUGUAGAUUUCACAAAGAUCAUACACUUGAAAAUUUUGAACAAAAAGUUGAUGAAAAAAAGAAAGAGGAAUAUGAAAAAAUUCCUGUUUGUACAAUGUUUCGUAAUCCAGAUAUAAAAAUAAUGUUAAAUAAAAAUAGAUAUAAUUUUAAAGAAAGUGAUGAAUUAGUUAAGGGAUACAAUGAAGAAAAUGUUACUAAACUUGGUGCAAUGGAAAGAGAAAAAGCAUCUUUGAAAAUAAAAGAAAUGGCUGGAAAACCAUAUCUUGCACCUUUAACUACAGUUGGAAAUUUACCAUUUCGUAGAAUUUGUGUUAAAGCUGGAUGUAAAAUUACCUGUGGAGAAAUGGCAUUAGCAACUAAUAUAGUAAAAGGUAUUGGAUCUGAAUGUAGUUUAUUGAAAAGACAUCAUUCUGAAAAAAUUUUUGGUGUUCAAAUUGCUGGAGGAUUUCCAGAUACAAUGACAAGAGCUGCUCAAGUUAUUAAAGAACAUUGUGAUGUUGAUUUUGUAGAUAUUAAUAUGGGAUGUCCUAUUGAAUUGAUUAACAGUAAAGGUGGUGGAUGUGCUUUACCUUCAAAAUGGAAUAAAAUUAGUUCAGUAGUUUAUUGUAUGAAAAAUAUUUUAACAGAUAUACCUUUAACAAUAAAAGUUAGAUCAGGAAUUAAAGAAGGUGACAAUAAUAUUCAUAAAAUGUUAUCUAGAUUAGUAAAUUUUUCACCUCCAGAUUUAAUAACUCUUCAUCCAAGAUCAAAAGAACAACGAUACACUAAACUUGCUGAUUGGGACUACGUUGAAACAGUAUCUGAAGCAAUUGACAAAAAAAGUUCUUUUUGGGUUUGUGGAGAUAUUACAAGUUGGACUGAUUAUUAUGAUAGAUUAGAAAAUAAACCAAUAGAUGGAAUAAUGAUUGGUCGUGCAGCUUUAAUUAAACCAUGGAUAUUUACAGAAAUUGAACAAAAAAGACAUAUAGAUAUUACGGCAUCAGAACGUCUUGAAUAUAUACAAGAUUAUGUUAAUUUUGGUUUAGAACAUUGGGGUAGUGAUGAUGCAGGAUUAGAAGCAACAAGGCGUUUCUUAUUAGAAUGGUUAUCUUUUACAAAUAGAUAUAUUCCUGUUGGAAUGUUAGAAGUUUUACCUCAAAGAUUAAAUGAGCGACCACCUUAUUUGAAGGGAAGAAAUGAGAUGGAACAUUUAUUAUCAAGUCCAAGAUGUAAAGAUUGGAUUAAAAUUUCAGAAAUGUUUUUAGGACCUGUUCCUCAAGAUUUUGUUUUUGUACCUAAACAUAAAGCAAAUAGUUAUUAA